AUGAACAACGUGACCGCUGCUUAUAUUCCCCUCUCUUUCUCGCCCUCCCUGACGGCCAUCACAACAACAACAACAGCAGCAGCAGCCAACACACCCUCCACCGCCGAUGCAGCAGCAGCAGAGAAUGCACCACCACCAUCACUUGCUGCUGAACACAUUCCCCAGCCAACCCAUCGCCCAACCCAUCGCCCGCUGCUGCUGGCAGAAGCUGGCUGUUUGCAGCUGGGAACAGGUGGCGACAGCACAAGUUGCAUUUUCGGCUGGAAGCAGCAGCAGAGGUGA